UGGGGCCCAGCAAUCUGCUUUCACAAGCUUUCUGGGUGAUUUUGAAGGCAAUUCAAGCUGCUGGAACAAGACCGAGAUAUAAAGGAGCCAGUGCAAUAUUUCAACAGCGUGGAGGAGGUGGCUAAGGCAUUUCCUGAGCGUGUGUACGUCAUGGAGGAAAUAACAUUCAACGUGAAGGUUGCUUCAGGUGAAUGCAAUGAAGACACUGAAGUUUACAACAUCACCCUGUGUACUGGGGAUGAACUCACUCUGAUGGGGCAAGCAGAAAUCCUUUAUGCAAAGACUUUCAAGGAAAAGUCCCGACUCAACACAAUCUUCAAAAAGAUCGGGAAGCUCAACUCCAUCAGCAAACUGGGAAAAGGCAAGAUGCCAUGCCUCAUUUGCAUGAACCACCGGACCAAUGAAAGCAUCAGCCUCCCAUUCCAGUGCAAGGGCAGGUUCAGCACCCGGAGUCCCCUGGAGCUUCAGAUGCAAGAGGGUGAGCACACCAUCCGCAACAUCGUGGAGAAAACCAGGCUUCCUGUGAACGUGACCGUGCCAAGCCCUCCGCCGAGAAACCCCUAUGACCUCCACUUCAUCCGCGAGGGGCACCGCUACAAGUUUGUGAACAUCCAGACCAAGACCGUGGUGGUUUGCUGUGUGCUGCGGAACAACAAGAUCCUCCCCAUGCACUUUCCUUUGCACUUGACUGUCCCCAAGUUCAGCCUCCCAGAACACCUGGUAAAAGGGGAGGGAUGGCCGGAGACCCUGGUCCAUCACUGGCUGGGUAUCUGCCAGGAACAGUUCGACAUCGAUGAGUACUCACGGGCUGUCCGUGACGUGAAGACCGACUGGAACGAGGACUGCAAGAGCCCCAAGAAGGGCCGGUGCUCUGGCCACAACCACGUGCCCAACUCCCUCAGCUAUGCCCGCGACGAGCUCACCCAGUCCUUCCACCGGCUCUCCGUCUGUGUGUAUGGCAACAAUCUCCAUGGCAACAGCGAGGUGAACCUCCACGGCUGCAGGGACCUGGGGGGAGAGUGGGCCCCCUUUCCUCAUGACAUCCUGCCCUAUCAGGACUCUGGCGACAGUGGGAGCGACUACCUUUUCCCGGAAGCCAGUGAAGAAUCAGCAGGCGUCCCGGGGAAGUCAGAACUUCCUUACGAAGAGUUGUGGCUGGAGGAAGGCAGGCCCAGCCAUCAGCCUCUCACUCGCUCCCUGAGUGAGAAGAGCAGGUGCGAGCAGUUUAGAGGUUCUGUCCGGUCCAAGUGUGCGACUUCUCCUCUUCCUGUCCCUGGGACUCUGGGAGCAGCAGUGAAGUCUCCAGAUACUGCCCUACCUCCACCUCCAGUGCCUCCCAAAUCUGAAGCCGUCAGGGAAGAAUGCCGGCUCCUGAACGCCCCACCUGUUCCGCCCCGGAGCGCAAAGCCUCUGUCUACCAGCCCCUCCAUCCCUCCUCGCACAGCCAAGCCAGCGCGGCAGCAGACUCGCUCUCCCAGCCCCACCUUGUCCUACUAUUCUUCAGGGCUGCACAACAUCAGCGUUACUAAAAGUGACACAAGUCCUUCUGAAAAUGCUCCUGUUUCCUGCUAUCCGUGUAACCGAGUGGAAACUGAUUCCGUGGACCUGAAAUCCCCCUUCGGAAGUCCUUCUGCGGAAGCUCUGUCCUCUCGGCUCUCAUGGCCCAACCAUUAUUCAGGAGCAUCAGAGAGCCAGACCAGGAACGACUUCCUGCUGGAUCCAAGCAGGAGCUACAGUUACCCUAGACAAAAGACGCCAGGCACACCAAAGAGAAACUGCCCAGCCCCUUUUGAUUUCGAUGGCUGCGAGCUCUUGGCCGGUCCCCCCAGCUCUGUCACUGUAGAAUUCAGCAACAGCGUCUCCGGCUGUCCCAAGUCAGCCAGCUACUCUCUGGAAAACACGAACAUGAAAACUCUUGCAAGCGGCACGACAAAGCAGAGUCUGUCUUGCCCUGCCUUGCCCCCCAGGGCCCCAAAACUAGUGGAAGAGAAAGCUGCCUCCGAAACCUCUCCUUUGCCUCUGAAAAUCGAUGGUGCUGAGGAGGACCCCAAGCCUGGGUCACCAGAUCUCUCUGAGGACCAGUAUUUUGUUAAAAAGGGCAUGCAGGACAUCUUCUCCGUCUCCUACCCUUUCUCCUCUCCGCUGCACCUCCAGCUGGCCCCCCGAUCCUGUGGCGAUGGGUCCCCGUGGCAGCCACCCUCUGACCUGUCAGGACUGUCGAUAGAGGAAGUGUCCAAGUCCCUUCGGUUCAUCGGUCUGGCUGAAGACGUCAUAUCGUUCUUUGUUACCGAAAAGAUUGAUGGGAAUCUGCUUGUUCAACUCACGGAAGAAAUCCUCUCAGAGGAUUUCAAAUUAAGCAAGCUACAAGUGAAGAAAAUAAUGCAAUUCAUCAACGGCUGGAGGCCCAAAAUAUAGCCAAAUAAGCCCAGCCGGCAUGGAACCAAACCAGUCAGAGCGGGUGCUGGAAGGGGUGGGCUGGGACAGUGUCAUGUUUUUGCACUAAAAACCUUCUCUGUAAAUGGGGAUAAGAGAAACUCUUACUAUGCAGGUUACGUUUCUGAAUGACGAACAGGCUAUUUUGUACAUCAAUAAAAAUGCUGUCCAGAACACUCGAAGGUGUGCCUUGUACGUCACUCAACACUCAGCAGCUGUGAAAAGAACAAAAGGCAUGUGCAGAGAGGCCACUCUUACCCGAGUAGGUUUAUGCGAGAAGGUGUGAUAUUUAUUACAAAAUAGCCAAAGCUGAAAGACACAAGAAUCUU